UUCCUCAUUUUGAAUUUGAAUUCCAACGGUAUUCUUGACUGCGACAACUCGUUGUCUGCUUAUAAAGGGUUCUAAGUUACUUAUUGGAAGGCGCGUGUACCGUAUCAAGCGGAAUAUUCAACGACGAGACGGUCAAUCAUUGUUUACUUUGCGGUCGUUCGUAAAGUCAACACUCUUCUCAAAGUCCUCGAAGUAUAACGUAUACAAUUUUAAUGGAAUCACGGCACACUUGGGAAAGAUCGACUGAUAAUCUUUCCAAGUUAUACAAUACAUUGAGAAUUGCUCCGUAUCUCGCGAUCGAUAAAACGAAAUAUUUAACAGUCUCAUCUUGCCGAUAAUUAUUUUACAAUGACGGCAAAAACGUGCGAUUACAAGUUCGAGGCUACUUUGGGAGCUGGAUCGUUCGGAAGCGUUCACCUGGUCAGAAAACGACAAGGUGGGAAAACGUUCGUAAUUAAGGAGCAAAAUGUCGUAGGCGAAAUGGCAAAAUCGUCAUGGGAGAUGGCCGUCAGUGAGGUUCGAUGUCUUAAAAAAAUGAGACAUCCGAACAUAAUCACUUAUCAUGACGCUUGGAACGAAGAAAAUCGUUUUUACAUUCUGAUGGAAUAUGCGACCCGCGGAACCCUCAAGGAUCUGUUGGAUCGUCGCCGGAAACCGUUGAGCAACGAGGAUUCUCUUUACCUUUUUUCGCAAGUGGCCUUAGGUGUCCACCACAUCCAUUCCAGAGGAAUUCUUCAUCGAGAUUUAAAACCCGAAAAUGUUAUGCUGACCGGUCGGCUUGGUGAGGUUGUAAAAAUUGGAGACUUUGGAGUUUCAAAAAACAUCCGAGAACAAUCGGGUGUGAAACUUGCUGGUUCCUAUUAUUUCAUGGCUCCUGAAAUGCUGCGGGGAGAACCGGACUGCGAUUUCAAGAGUGACAUUUGGAGUAUCGGGGCCAUACUUUAUUGGAUGGUUACAUACGAGCUUCCUUUUCAAGCCACGGCACUUAAGGACCUGAUAGACGCAGUUUGUUCAUCCAGAAUUCGUCCAUUCGAGCUACCAAUUUGCACAGAGGUGGUUAAUCUCGUUUCAAAAAUGCUACGAAACAAUCCUACCCAUCGUCCCAGCGCUGCACAACUCUUACUCUGCCCUUUUCUCGUCCCGUUCGUCAUUCGGCAUCACAUAAAUCUUGGACGCGUCGCUCUUCCUCGUCAUCGUCAUCAAACGGACCCGAUUUCCAGCUAUUUGAAAAAUCUUAAGUAAUAAAUGAAGGAAAUUGAAAAAAAAAAAAGGUGGCGGAAAAGGAACUGUGCAAUUGGGAUUUGAGUCGAUACGUACGCUAUGUAAUUAUUGUAAUAAAAUAAAAACCCUUUAACGGA